AGAAACGUACAGUGUACGCAUUUGCGCAAGGAAACGCAUGAUGUUCUCAUUCUCGAAGGAGAGUAGCCACCAGAGGACCUCGGCCCUCUUACAAGAAACCUCCAUUGUCAGAAGCAGCCUGGUCGGAGCUGGAACGUAAUCUUGCAGCAGCAAGGGUUGCAACUCGGAUGGUUUCAGGCAAAGAGUGGAGGAGAUGGAGGUUCUAACUGUGCUGUCAGGGCUGGACUCGACCUCGUCGUUGCUGGUCUUAGUGCGGCGCCUGGUGGACGCAAUUCUGCAGGCGCGAGGGGAGGUGCGGAACGCGCCAGAGAAGACGAGCAAGCUGCUGGAGAAGGUGGUGAAGGUGCAAUCCUCCUUGCAGCGCCUGAAGAGGGGCCCUGGCGGGCAGCUGCUCUGGAACGGACCCGAGGAUAACCUGAAGGAUCUCGGAGCGGUGCUCUGUCUCGCAUGGGAGAAGCUGCAGAGCAACGUGAAAUCGAACGAGCGCCGGGAGGCAGGCAACCUGCUUGUGGCGACGGCAAGGAGCCUCAUCGGCAGAGGCGCCAGCCAGCAGAACAGGGAGACGGCAGCCAUCAUCCAGAGGCUGGACGAGGUUUUGGAGACUCUCGACCGCGAUGUGCUCUACUUCAUCGGCGGGGUGGUAGCAGAGCUUCGCGCCCUCUCAAUCCCUAGAGCGUCUCCGCCUCAGCUGCCUCACGACGAGCACGAGCUCGUGACGAGGAUGCUAACCCUCGCAAGCGAGAGCGAUGAAAUCCUGUCCUUGAAGGUCGAAGUCUCGAUAGGAAACGCCUGGACUGAUCCUUUGCACUCGAAGAAGCAGGUUGGGAGGAAGCCAGUGGACAGGCCUGUGGGGCGCAAGCGCGAUGCCAGAGAGGGUGGAUACGAGGUUUCGAACUGCACGAAAGUUAGGUUUUGCAUGUCCAUCACAUAUAACAAGUGGUAUUUCUAUGUGUUGACGUCCGACCGAUGGGCAAAUGCGGAGCCGCGGGUCGUCUUCCCCAAGUCUGCGAAGUGCGUGACCAACUUGGUACCUAGUGAAUCCAAGAGACCCGUGAGAGUGUUUCCGAACAAGGAACUGCAUCGCGAGGAUCCUGUGAGCUUGAAAGUUGAGCGAAGUGCAAACCUCCCUGAUGAUGAAGAAGGCCAAGUGUCCAUAUUUAUCGUGCUCACCACCACGCCUCUGCAGAAAGAUGAUGCGCAUGGGCAAAGAAUAACGAUUCAAGAUAUUGAACGGCACAUGGAUUCAGCGGGAGGGAAACUGAUUGUGAAGCACAUCCCCAUCGAUGUCUUAAAAUGACAUCUGAGAAUAUUGGAGUAAGGAUACCGUCUCAGCAGCAGUGAUCCCAGGAGUGGAAAGUAGAUUAGUUGGCUACAGCUGUAGGAAAUGCCAGCUAUUCAAGCGAAAUUAAUAUACUUUAUUAGAAUAAAAAUGAUAAUUUUGUUUUUUUAA